UGGAAAAAAAUGGAGGAUAAAACUCAUAAAAGCACUCAAGUUGGUAUAUAAAGGUAUACAAGUAAUACAUUUCUUGACCAAAAUCAGGAGAAAGGCCGCAGACAUGGGAAUCCUUGGAAGUCUCAGUUCAGAUCAACUCCAAUUCUUCAAUUCGCAAGGGUAUCUUGUGUUGGAAUCAUUUUGCAGUGCAGAAGAGAUAGAAUCGAUGAGGAAGAGAAUGGAGGAGUUGCUAGAUACGUUCGAUUGCUCUUCCACCGCCUCAAUUUUCUCCACCAGGAAUCAGAAAAAUACGACUGACAAUUACUUCUUUGAAAGUGCUGAGAAGGUUUCAUUUUUCUUUGAAGAGAAAGCAUUUGGGGAUGAUGGCAACUUAAAGCAGCCAAAGCAUCUCUCAAUAAACAAAGUUGGUCACGGAGAGAUCUGUUUAUAAAAAUCGAAAUUAGCUUCACCUUGGGGAUAGAAGUGAAGUGCUGCAGUCGUUUUCACUAGUCCUUCUCCUUGCAGGGAACUUCAGUAAACAUAAUUGUAGGAUCUCAGGUUUGGUUAGAGGAUCCAAAUGCAGCUUGGCUUGAUAGUGAAGUGCACAAAAUUAAUGGUGAUAAAAUAGAGAUCCAGACAAGUGAUGGCAAAAAG